AUGUUCUCGGGCGCGAAGAGAGACCCAGAAGGGCCCCGGCGCCGGCAGCAGGGAAGGCCCCCGCCGGCUGCCCGCGGCGCGCCUGAGCCGAAACUGCCUUGUUACAGGUCACGCCCCUCUGUCUACUCCCUUUCUUAUAUCAAGAGGGGAAAAACACGGAACUACCUCUACCCGAUCUGGUCACCAUACGCCUAUUACCUUUACUGUUACAAAUACCAGAUCACCCUCCGGGAAAAGAUGCUGCCUUGUUAUAAAAGCAUCACUUAUAAGGAACAGGAGGACCUAACACUCCGGCCCCGUUGCUGCCUUCAGUGCUCCGAGUCCCUAGUAGGCCCUCAGGUGGGCAGAAGCACCAAGCAGGCAGAUCACGACCAGCUUAAAGAACUCUAUUCGGCUGGGAACCUGACGGUGCUGACUACUGACCCCCUGCUUCACCAGGACCCAGUGCAACUAGACUUCCACUUCCGCCUCACCCCCCAGACCUCUGCCCACUGGCACGGCCUUCUUUGUGACCACAGGCUUUUCCUGGAUAUCCCAUAUCGGGCCUUGGAUCAAGGCAACCGGGAAAGUUUGACUGCAACACUGGAGUACGUGGAGGAGAAGACCAAUGUGGACUCCGUGUUUGUAAACUUCCAAAACAACCGGAAUGACAGAGGUGCCCUGCUACGGGCCUUCAGCUACUUGGGCUUUGAGAUAGUCAGACCAGGUCACCCAGCCCUUCCUCCCUGGGACAAUGUCAUCUUUAUGGUGUAUCCCCUGGAAAGGGACCUUGGCCACCCGCCCAGUGAGCCCCCCUGA